GCCUUUUCCUCUCCGUACUCUUUUCCAAUUGGUGAGCGUGAGUGUCACUGACUGAAAAACACGCACGGCCAGCCUCAGCAGCACCUCGCUCAAAACCUUCCAAGCGGGUAGCGGGGUUGGGUGAGAGCGAAGUGAGCUAGCCGUGAGGCAGAUGAAGGCGAAAGCGUGAGCAAGCCAUCGCUUGAUAGCACUGCCGCGGGUGGGCAUAACGGAGGUGGCAGUAGUAGCAGGAGGCAAAAGCUGCGGCAGCACGAAGGGGAUGCGAGGCCCGGAACCUCUAACAAAGUUAGUGCAAGAAUAUAUGAGUACAGUCAACCAAUGCAGUUUCCUUUUCUCAAAAACCUUAUCUUCUGUCCGCUGCAACACCUUCAAAUCCUCUCCAUGCCAUGUUGUGUGAUUGUUGUCCCAUGAGGAAUUUGUCUUCAUGAAGAUUCCUAACAUUGGUAAUGUGAUGAAUAAAUUUGAGAUCCUUGGGGUUGUAGGUGAAGGAGCCUAUGGAGUUGUACUUAAGUGCAGACACAAGGAAACGCAUGAAAUUGUGGCCAUUAAGAAAUUUAAAGACAGUGAAGAAAAUGAAGAAGUCAAAGAAACCACUUUACGAGAACUUAAAAUGCUUCGUACUUUGAAACAGGAAAACAUAGUGGAAUUAAAAGAAGCUUUCAGAAGAAGAGGAAAACUAUAUUUGGUAUUUGAGUAUGUUGAAAAAAAUAUGCUUGAAUUGCUAGAAGAAAUGCCAAAUGGGGUCCCACCUGAAAAAGUAAAAAGUUAUAUUUACCAGCUAAUUAAAGCAAUUCAUUGGUGUCAUAAAAAUGAUAUUGUUCAUAGAGAUAUCAAGCCAGAGAAUCUUUUAAUAAGCCACAAUGAUAUUUUGAAAUUGUGUGACUUUGGUUUUGCACGGAAUUUGUCGGAAGGAAGCAAUGCUAACUACACAGAAUACGUGGCCACAAGGUGGUACCGUUCACCUGAACUCUUGCUUGGAGCCCCCUAUGGCAAAUCUGUAGAUAUGUGGUCGGUAGGUUGUAUACUUGGAGAACUUAGUGAUGGACAGCCAUUGUUUCCAGGAGAAAGUGAAAUUGACCAACUUUUUACCAUUCAGAAGGUGCUAGGACCACUUCCAGCCGAGCAAAUGAAGCUUUUCUACAGCAAUCCUCGUUUCCAUGGGCUACGGUUCCCUGCGGUCAACCAUCCACAAUCUUUGGAAAGGAGAUACUUAGGAAUCUUAACUGGUGUUUUACUUGACCUUAUGAAGAACUUGCUGAAACUGGAUCCAGCUGACAGGUAUCUAACAGAACAGUGUUUGAACCACCCCUCAUUUCAAACUCAAAGGCUCUUAGAUCGUUCACCUUCACGGUCAACUAAAAGAAAACCUUACCAUGGAGAAAGCAACACCUUGUCCAACAGAACUCAAGCUAGCAAAAGUACUGCUGUGCAGUCUCACCACAGAUCAAACAGCAAAGAUAUACAGAAUGUGGGAGUUGGAUUGCAAAGAGAAGAGGCUGUUCCAACAAAUGAAAGCUUUCUAAAUGGAAACCUUCCUGUAACUGCACAUAGCCCUAUGCUUUCCAAAAAAGCAAGUAAUCCGCCUGGAUCUGGAAGCAAGGAUCUAGCUAAUAAUAACAUACCACAUCUUCUAAGUCCAAAGGAAGGAAAGACAAAAACUGAAUUUGAUUUUAAUAUGGAUCCCAAGGCUUCAGAUGGUCCAGGUACAAAAUACCUGAAGUCAAAUUCCAGAUCUCAGCAUAAUCGCCACUCGUUUAUAGAGAGUUCUCAGAGCAAAACUGGUACACUGCAACCGGGAGAGAGGCAUAGCCGUCACAGUUAUAUUGAUACUAUUCCUCAGUCUUCGAAGAGCCCCUCUUAUCGAGCAAAGUCAAAAAGUCAUGGGGCUCUGACUGAUUCCAAAUCUGUAAAUAAUCUGUCUGAGGCCAGAGUUCAAGUUGCAGACCCCAGCAACAGUAGGUAUUUUCCAUCCAGCUGCUUGGACUUGAACUCUCCUACCACACCAACACCUCCUCGCCAUGCUGACAACAGAACUUUGCUCAGUCCUUCUGGAAGAAAUAACAGAAGUGAUGGUACUCUUGAAUCCCGAAGACCAUCUACAAGACAUUCCAAAACCAUGGAGGAAUUGAAAUUGCCAGAUCACAUGGAUGGAAGCCAUUCACAUUCUUUAUCUGCACCUCAUGAAUCUUUUUCGUAUGGUCUGGGUUACACAAGUCCCUUUUCUUCACAGCAGCGCCCUCAUAGACAUUCUAUGUAUGUGAGCCGGGACAGAGUGAGGACAAAGGGCUCAGAGGGUGGCUUAAGCGUAGGGCAAGGGAUGGCAGCCAGAGCAAACAGCCUGCAACUGUUAUCUCCACAGGUGCAGCAUAAGUCGCUCACAAGAUCUGUUGGUUCUUCACGUGAAGACUGUACAGAAGAUACCAAUAGGGGUGGAACUUAUCAUGAUCAGCAUCCAGAUGAUGGAGUAUCCACAAAAGAAAAUAGGCUUCUGUAUAAUGAUCCUGUACCUAGGAGAGUUGGUAGCUUUUACAGAGUUCCAUCUCCACGUCCAGAAGGAACAUUCCUAGAUAAUAGUGCCUCAAAUAGAAUACCUGCACUCCCAGUAGAAAGCAGUAGUGCAACAAGCCACUCAAAGAGACAAACUGCUUUUGAUCCCUGGAAAAGUCCUGAAAAUGCUGAGCAACUUAAGGAAAAAGAAAAACAAGGUUUUUUCAGGGCAAUAAAAAAGAAAAAAAAGAAAUCUCAAUCUACAGAAUCCACCAAGGCGGAGAAUCCAAGCAUCAAGAAAACUCUCUUUCCUCUUUUUAAUUCAAAGAAUCACUUAAAGCAUAGCCCUCCUUUGAAAAAGCUUCCUGUAGUCACUCUACCUAUGAUGCCUGGAAGUGACAGUCAAGAUCUUUUGGCAUUACAGAAAGCUAUUCACUCAUCUAACCACCCACCCAGCAGGCAGAAGGAUUGGCAUUCUGACAAGAUGACAGAAAUCCAAAGUCAUAGCCAGCCUUUAAAAUCCCUCCGCAAACUGUUACACCUGUCUUCUUCCUCAAAUCAUUCAAUUCCUUCUGAACCCCGAUUCCAGCCCUUACCAAGUCAGCCUGCUAAAACUUCUUUUUCUGAUGUUCGAGUUCACCCAAUAAACCAAGUUUCCACCACUAGCAGCAGCAACAUGAGGCAAGAAUCCCAGGCAAAAGGCCGAACACUCCAGAUCCCGGGCCAGAUGGAACCAAGUUGGCAUGUUUCCCCAGUGAACAGGAGUGCUAGUGAUGGGACUUCAUAUUCUGAUCAAAUGCCUUCUAAGAGUGGGCAAAAUGGGCAUACUUAUAGCCGAACAAACCGCUCCCGAAUGCCGAACCUAAAUGAUUUAAAAGAGACAGCUUUGUAACAACACUCUGGGAAAUGCUUUUGAAGGGAUCCACCUAGGGUUAUGGUGGUGCUGGUGGUUGUGGUAGUGAUGGAAUUCUCAGCUUUAUAGCAAGUGUGCAAUAUGGAAUAUGCAGAGCUACUGUUCCGUACUGUGUUGAUAGGGAUCUUACAAUGAAAUGAACUUUAUUAAUUGCCAUUCAUCUAAUCUCAUGACAAAAGAAUGAGCACUUCAGGGAGAAUGAACUGUUUACCUUUUUCUCUCAUUUUACAUUCCAGCUUAGUGCACUUCUGUCUGAAAGCUGUAUAGGUACUUUGGGGAAUUAAAAGAAAUGUCUUUAGACCUAUGCCCUUAUGAAAAUUUUGCUGCCUAGAUUUAAAAAAUAAAUUUAAGUGGGGUUUAUGUGAUAAACUUGUAUCCCUAAUAAGGGUUUAAAGUUCAGUUGUAUGUCUUUGUUUUUUAAACUUCCAUAUUUGAUAGGAUUUGUAAUAUUUAUUUAUGAUAUAAUAUUGUAUUGUUAUAAUCAUAUCUCAUGUUGCAACGUAAAGUUAUUUUGAGCUGUUUGAAACAUUGUGAUGCAGUGCAACAGCUACAAUAGUUUCUAUAAAAACUAACAUACAUAUUGCAUCAGGAGUAUUUUAUUAUAUUCAUGAAUAUAUAUAUAUGAAUAUAUAUAUAUAUAUAAAUGGUAAAUAAUUGUCUUUUUUAAAAUAUACUCAUUUAAAAGAAAAGUAUUGUUAUGACACUAUCUGCCAUAUUUUUAUACAUUUGUGAUAUAAAGUGCAGUAUUAUACUUCUAAUAAAAGGGAAUUGAAUGUGGAUUAAGUAUGACUGUAACAAUAUGAAUUGUGCUCCACUACUAGAUACAGUUACACUGGAUUUUCUCCAGGAGUGUCCCUCCACUGACAGAUGGCUCUUUGAUCCAAUGGGGCCUUAUGUCAGCGGAAUGGACCCUUCAGCCUCUCCAGCUCUCCACCAGAUUUGUUCCAGAGUAUCAGGCAAUCCUUUGGAACAGCAUGGAAAGUGACAAGGGGGGUUGCAGGAGGGAGGGGGGAAUUGACAGAAAUCACCCCCUCCCCAUUCCGUUGGUGAACCUUUCUGCUGGAUCAAAGUCUUUUGUCAGCUGCGGAAUUCCUCUGGAUUCAAUCCAUGGGUAACAAACCACAUAUUACACUAAUUAUAAUACUUUGUUAUAGGCCUUUCCUGGAAGUAAUAGGUUAAAUGUAUUGAUCUAUGAAACCAUAGUCAUAUUUAGUGACAUCUUUGCCCUGGGUGUGUGCUUAGCUUUUCCCAUUACUGUCAGUGAGAGAUAAGCAUCUGCAUUCUGGGGCAGAAGACCAGUGUUCCUUUACUAUCUUCCAUUCAGGAAAACUGACCCAUAACAAAAGUUAAGCAUAUGCUCUUCCAUUCAGUAUAUGGGGUGAAGACCAAAGAGCCACAGCAUGAGUUGCAAGUGGCAAGCCAAAGGCGGUGUGACACGGCACUGUAAAUCAUGGUAUAAGGUUUUAAGCCUAUGUAUAUCUUUGCACUUUGUCUGAAAUUGUACUAACCAGAAAGUAAAAUACUGUAUUUAAAUGUAAGAAAGGCUGUGGCACUUCCAUUUUGUUUCUAGAAUUUAAUAAAAACUGCAACAUUGAUAAUUUGAAUAUGGAAAGAAAACAGUUUUCUGCUGAAGCUUAAUUUCCCCCCUAUAUUGCUUAUAGGAAUACUUACGUGAACGUUGCAGCUUCACUUAUUUCAGCGUGCUGGAUGUUUUAUAAUUUCCUGUAUAUUAUUAAAAUAACCUUUUAAAUUGGAUUUAUAAUACAGUUUAUGUGGAGCCUAAUAUUCCUGAUAAUAGUGACAAUUACUAUUUAGGAAAAAAGAAAAUUAGUAACAUGUUGUUCCCUAUGGAGCUGAUACAAAUGAAUGGAAGGAAGGAUCAGGACAGUAGCAUCAGAACAAUACUUUUUAUAGGACUAACACAACACUUGACAUCAUUUAGUCAACUUGUUUUUCCCUAACAGUUACCAUUCUUCAAAAAAUUAAGCAGGGGAGGCUCAUGUGUUACUGGUUUUACUUACCUAUUUACUAGCACAGAUUAAUGGACAAGAUGUAUUCUUGAUUCACUGAACAGUGAAGUUGUGAUACUUUUUUUUAAAUGUUAGCAGACGUCAUAACAGGAAUGCAAUAUCCCUUCCAUUAUGAAAAUAAAAAACUUCAGUUGCAAGAA